CAAUCUGUUUCAGUAUGUCUUCGUAGCGAAUACCAUGCAGUCAAUGCGUACUGUUACACGGCUGCUAAAAGAUGUGCGUUUUACCGAAAUAAUUCCAGCUGCAUUACGGGCAGACGACACUGUUUGAUAAUUUCGAAAAAAAUAUUUAUUGCUCACACAUUACAGGUAUACUGGCACCCGCUUUCAGGAACGUUAAAUUUGUCCGAUUUCGUCACAAUGGUCGCAAACGAAGAACCUGUGAUGACGCUUACCAACGUCCUGCUCGUCGUGUGUGCUGCGAUACCGAUAUUACUAUCUUAUUGGUUCCGACGCAAUCGUCUGCGGGCGUCCGGCAUUAACUACAACCACCAGACAAAAGAGAUUCACCAAUACGUACGGAAAGCCGAUGGAAAACCUGGAAACUUAGGAUGGUCUUGCCCGAAUACAUUGUACGGGAUGAUGGAGCGUGGUAAAUCAAUUUCCGGUAAUGGACCAUGUCUUGGUUACCGGCCGAGUGUGUCGUCGCCGUACUCGUGGAUCACGUACAACCAAGCGUCCGUUCGUAGCCAAAAUUUCGGAGCGGGAUUAUUGUACUUGGGCUUGCAGCCACGCGGGAAGAACUUCCUGGGAAUUUUAGCGCCCACCCGGCCGGAAUGGGUUAUUGCCGAAUAUGGCUGCUAUACGUACAGCAUCGUUAUCGCGCCGCUGUAUGACUCGCUCGGCGCCGAUGCGUGCCAGAUGGCAAUGAACACACUGAGUGUAGAGGUCAUGUUAUGUGGGAGCGAAAAGAACUACCGUACGCUGAUGUCAUCCAGCAUCAAAAGUACCAAUCUGGUCACCUUUAUCUUUAUGGACAAUAUAAGCGAUCAACUGCGGCAAGACAUCAAGAAUACCGGUGGGGCGGCCUACACGUUCCAGGAAGUGGAAGACCUGGGACAGAAGAAUCCCCAGCGCAAACAACCUCCUCAACCGGAGGAUUUAGCUAUGCUCAUGUUCACCAGUGGCACAACCGGCGCACCUAAAGCGGCAGAACUCACGCAUGAGUCUAUUUCCAGCUCUGUGGAGGAUUUUCUUCACCACGUUCUGCCCCUCCGUAUGGACCAUACAUUGCGCGCUUUCGGAUAUCUUCCGCUGGCGCAUAUUUUUGAGCGCAUGAUGGAGGUAUCGACGUUUGUCCACGGUGGUCAGCUGGGCUUUAACAGCAGCGGUAUCAUGGGGAUGUAUGAUGAUCUACAAGAACUCCGUCCGACGGCAUUCGCCGCUGUCCCCCGCGUCCUGUCGAAGCUGCACACCAAAAUGUGGAGCGCAUCAAGAAAUUCACUGGCGCUGAAAAUUAUGCUGCCGGUAGCGCUGUGGUUCAAAACACAAGAGAUGAAACUGGGCAUAUUUCGCAAUAAUUCGAUUUGGGAUAAAUUGGUGUUCCAUCACAUCAGUGAUUUAUUGGGUGGUAGCGUAAAGCUGUGUGCAGUCGGAAGUGCUCCAAUAGAUGGCAAGACGCUGCAUAAUAUGCGAGCGGCUCUGGGAUGUUACAUUUUUGAAGGAUACGGACAGACAGAAUCGGGUGGUUUGCUAACGCUGACGCUACCAGGUGAUUUGGAGACCGGACACGUGGGAAUUCCCAGUAAAGAUGUGGAGAUAAAACUGGUUGACGUGCCAGAACUGCAGUAUUACGCUAAGGAUGGCAAGGGCGAAAUCUGUGCCAAAACAAAACGCACUUUCCGCGCUUAUUACAAGCAGGAAGGGAAAACCAAAGAAACCAUCGAUGAAGAGGGAUGGCUGCAUACCGGAGAUGUUGGACAAUGGCUACCGAGCGGUCGGUUACGAAUUAUUGACCGGAAGAAGCAUAUUUUUAAGCUGAGCCAAGGCGAGUACAUUGCCCCCGAGAAAAUCGAGAACGGUCUCCUUGGUGCUUCGCCGUAUCUAGAGCAGAUCUUUGUUGACGGAAGCAGUGUGCAUCCAUUUACUGUUGGCUUGAUCUAUCCCAAUUAUCGGACCGUCGCCCAAGAUUUACACCGCUCCGUGGAAGAAAUCAAGAAAAAUCCGACAUUAUGCAAAGAGUUGAUCCUGGCGGAUCUGGUGAAAACCGGCAAAGCCAACAAGCUCAAUUCCUUUGAAAUCCCCAAAAACUGUUUGAUCCUCAAAGAGCAGUUUUCCUUGGAAAAUGGCUACAUGACACCGACACAGAAGGUCAAACGGGAGGAAGUACGUAAAGGUUUCAAGGGCGAACUGGAGAAGCUGUACCUCGAUACUCCUGAUGCUAACAAAUAAUUUAUACCUACCUAACAAAACGCUGUGCUGUAGUCUACUGGAUAAGAGUGAAACCAACAAUAUCCACAAGAAUAACUGUAAAAGCAAAACCACAAGGAAAUAGUAAAAACAAAGAAAAGAGUGAUCAGCAUUUGCAAAGCUUUUGCGUCUUAAUUUAUUCGAGGUUAACACGAGGUGGUUAUGCACUGUAUAUUGUGUAUAUACAAUAUAAUUAGGCUAAAUAGGAAAAAUCUUGUACGCAAAU